CUCUCUCUCUCUCUCCUUGUGUGUGUGUGAACGCAUAUAUAUGACAGUCAUUGUAUUCCUGAGUUUCCGUCUUCUCUUUGGGAUCGUGAAACAGAAGAUCGGAUCGAGCGCUCUCUCUCUCUCUCUCUCUGGCACUCGAACCCUAGACCCUCGGCUCUCUUCGUUCCGUGGAAUCCCACACCAUUUUCGACGCCAAACUUACGACGAUUUGUUUUCUCGCCGGUUUCACCGUUAUUGUCUCUCGCAGAUUGUAUAGCUUCUUUUUGAGAAUUAGAGAGAGAACAAGAAGAUAUUAGUACUAAUCAAAAGUUUUCUAAGCGAUGUCAUCAUCAAACUCUCCGUGUGCGGCGUGCAAGUUUCUCCGGCGAAAAUGCACACAAGAGUGCGUUUUCGCACCCUAUUUCCCACCAGACCAGCCUCAAAAAUUCGCCAAUGUUCACAAAGUCUUCGGCGCAAGCAACGUCGCAAAAAUCCUCAACGAACUCAACGCGGCCCAGCGCGAAGACGCCGUGAAUUCCCUCGCGUAUGAAGCAGAUGCAAGGCUCCGAGACCCAGUUUACGGUUGCGUAGGCCUCAUAUCAAUCCUCCAACACAGACUCAAACAAGUCCAAAUCGACCUCUACCACGCUAAAAAAGAAUUAGCCACAUACAUUGGGCCCUCGGCAAUGCUACCAAUUCUCCAACACCCCGGUUUUAUGCAAAACAAUCCGGCCUCAUCUUCAAUGAUACCUUACAACAUGAAUUCCAUGUCGAUGUUGGGUUUACCCGCGUCGCACAACGCUCAAUUGGUGAUUCGGGACGCUCAACCCCACCACCAACACCACCAGCAAAUGAUCGAGGCUCAGCAAUUGGCGGCCGCGGUGGCUGCCAGAGAGCAACAAGAGAUGUUGCGGAAUUACGAGCAGCAACAACAACAGCAACAGGAGCUGGUGAGGUUCAACAGUGGGUUUGACCCGGGACCGGUUGGUGGUGGCGGUGGCGGUGGCGGUGCAAGUGGGUUUAAUCAGAUGACUAGUACUGGUGCUAUGUCACCGUCUUUGGCUUUGGGUUCUUUUGAUAAUCCUUAUCAGAUUCAACAACAGCCGCAAGAUCACACUCAUCACCAUCAUCACCACCACCAGCUUCAGCUUGAGCCACAGCUUUUGCUUCAUCAACAACAGCCACAACAACCGCAGACACCGCAGCAGCAACAGAGAUCGGGAAGCGAGGAGGGUCGGAGCGUUGGUCCGUCUUGCUGAAGUUUUUUCAAGCUCACUUUCCCUCUUUAGCUUAUUCUUUCAACAAUUUUUCUUUCCAGUGAAAGAGAGAAUGGGUUGACGUUUGUAUUGUACAAACCAGCAGACAAAAGAUGGGCUGUUGAGGAGUUACUACAUAGGAGGGGCAGAAUUGGAAUUUGGUUGCGGUGAAGGAUUCAUCUGUAUCUGGUUUUACUGAAACGUUCCCUCUCCUUCCAUGGCCCGUCCUGAUCAUGAAGGAGGAUAAUUUGCCCUAGUUUUCAGUUUGAAGAGCAUCAAUUACUCAUUCUAGAGGCCACUUUGUUGCCCUACCCAGUAAAUGACAACAACUUCGAUUUUCAUUUAGGGAAGGGUAUUGCUGUAGAUAAAUGAAAUUUUUUUUUUUUUUUUGAGUUAACUACACCAAAAUUUUCUUGAAUAUUACUUUACUCAUCUAAUUUCUGAAUCCAUAUAUGUUAACUCACUAAAUUAUAAAAAUUAUAUAAAUACAUCUUAUUUGUAAGUGAUCUAGAUGGAGUGAAAAUGAUACAUUUUUAUAGUUGAAGAAUACACCUCAUAGAUGAGAAAACAAAGUAAUCUUUGCUAAUAAUUAAAAGUCUUGGUGUAAUUAAUUAAUCAAUUUUUUUUUUUUUUUAACUACACAAACAUAAUGGGGUCUACUACAAUAAAUCAACACACAUGGAAGUAUUGCUUAACAGAUGAUGUGUCAUAAUUUUUAAAGUUUUAGAUCUUAUAGUUUGUAUAAUGAAUGCGGUACAUAGUUUUGAAAUGGCAAUGUCAUAGUUUAUGUUGGUACACUAAUUAAUAUAUCAAUUGGUGUAUGUAGUACCAUUUUUUCUUUUAGAUAAAUUUUAUGACAUUAACACUCUCAUUAAUAAUUUUAUUAAUACAUUCACAAAUUUUAUGUGGGUUGCACAUUAUAUGACAAAUAGAUUUUUCAAGUUAAAAAUUAAUAAUCAUAAAAUAGAACUUAAAAAUAUUAUUUUUUUAACUUUUGGAUAAUCAACUUACUUAAGUUAUUUCUAUAUAAUAAAUUAUAAAUAAAGACUGUACUAAAUAGUCUGACAAAUUCAAAUUAAAAUAAGUUUUCCAAACAUCCCAAUAAGAUUGUUGAUAAGAGUGUAAGAGUGUGUUUCUAGCAUUGUUUUAAGAGGUUUUUUUUUUUAAUAGAAAUUUCUAAUAAAUUACAAAUUAAAUUAUCAUGGUUUGAGCCCACACGGCAUUACGUAGAAAAAAUAAUGCUCAAAUACAUUCAUGUGUAUUGGGAGGAAAAAGAUUGGAUACAUACCUAACUUUUGGUAUAAUAUAUAAAGUGAUUAUCCUGAAACUUGAAUCCAUAAUUUCAAGAUUAUUAGGCUAAUGUUUUACUAUUGAAUCAAUGGUCACCCCUUAAUGAUCUGUAGCAUUUUUGGUGUUUCAGACAUAAACAUGGUUUAAUAAUUAGUUAGGUGGCUUUUGAAGAACAAAUGCAUGUUCUAGGGGGAUGAAAUGAAAGAAAGCUCUUCCUGACCUUUGAGGCUUUGACCUCUCUCUCUCUCUCUCUCUCUCUCUCUCUCUCAACUAUUUUCUUUCGAUAAAAAGUUUACGAAGAAAUUGAAUUUGGUAACCAAAAAGUUAAAUCAAAACUAUACUCACUUGUCAUUUUGCUUUAUAAGGUAUAUACACACAUAAUUCAAUUAGUUUACAUACAUGAACUUUACUAGUUGUUUCAGCUAUCAUCCUUUGUUUAUGAAUCUUCUUAUUCCAAAAAACUAUAAGAUGGAUUUGUUAGGAGUGGUGUCUAACUUAUAAACUCUAUAAAAUAUUGUUCAUUUAUAUAUAUAAUGUGUUUAGUUUAUGUAUUCAUAGCAGAAUUGUUUCUAUUUAUUUAUUUAUUUUGCACGGAACAUUAAUGUUAACAAGUCUUCUCCUUUUGGUUUUUUGG